AUGUUUGCCUUCAAAGCUAUUGUCUUGCUAAUAUGGAUGUCACAUUUUUUUAUUAUUUUGUCACCCCAUCUUUCUAUUAGAUUCAUCAACAAUAUAGAAACCAGAAAUCAAACAAUGAUUUCAGAAUUUAUUCUACUGGGAAUAUCAGAUGAUCAAGAACUGCAGCCCGUCAUAUUUAGCCUGUUUCUGAUCAUGUACCUGGUCACUGUUUUCGGGAAUCUGCUCAUAAUCCUGGCUGUCACCUCUGACUCCAACCUGCACAAUCCCAUGUACUUCUUCCUCUCCAAUCUCUCCUUUACUGAUAUCUGUGUGAGCACAACUACAAUCCCAAAUAUGCUUGUGAACAUCCAGACACAGAAUCACAGCAUCACUUAUAAAGGCUGUCUAAACCAGAUUUUCUUUAUCAUAGGUUUGUUUUGUUUUGAAAAUUUUAUUCUUGCUGCAAUGGCAUAUGAUCGCUAUGCAGCCAUUUGUCACCCACUCAGGUACACAGUCAUCAUGAACUCUUACUUCUGUGGCCUGCUGAUUCUACUUUCCCUGUUCAUUAGUAUGGUGAAUGCCCUGAUCCACAGUCUGAUGGUUUUGCAUCUGUCCUUCUGCAUAGAUGUGGAAAUCCCUCAGUUCUUUUGUGAACUUACUCGGGUACUUAAUAUUGCCUGUUCCAAUACCCUCAUUAAUAACAUCCUAAUAUACAUUUCUGGUGGCAUAUUGGCUGGUAUCCCUAUCUCUGGAAUCAUUUUCUCUUACACUCGCAUUGUCUCCUCUGUUUUGAAAAUAUCAUCAGCUGAAGGAAAAUAUAAAGCUUUUUCCACCUGUGGGUCUCAUCUUUCAAUUGUUUCUUUAUUCUAUGGGACAUCUUUAGGUGUGUACUUCAGUUCACCAUUUACAAACUCUCCCAAAAAGACAGCAGCAGCUUCAGUGAUGUACAUUGUGUUCCCUCAAAUGAUGAAUCCUUUUGUUUAUAGUCUGAGGAAUAGAGAUAUAAAGGUAAGUUUAAAGAAAUUAAUUGGUAAAAAGCAUUGCUUUUUGUGA